AUGGCCGGACUCGUCGAAAGGCUGAAGGCCUCUGGAGGCACCGAGUCCGCGGGAUUCCUCAACGACAUUAUCGAGCAGCUGUGGCCCAACAUCAACGUCGCCGGGUGCAAGAUGGUCAAGGACAUCGUCGAGCCCAUGUUCGCCACGAUGCUCCCGGGCCCGCUGUCGUCCCUCAAGUUCGUCAAGCUCGAUCUCGGCCACGUCCCCAUGCGUGUCUCGGAGGUGGACGUCCACAAGGUCGACAACGGCGGCAUCAAGCUCGACAUGGACGUGACGUGGGAGGGCAAGAGCGACAUUGAGCUCGAUGGAAAGAUGGUCCCCAAGCUGGGAAUCGAACAUGUUCAUCUGAAGGGCAGGCUCUCGAUCCUUCUCGCCCCCUUGAUCGACGCCAUUCCCCUGAUCGGCGCGGCACAGGUUGCCUUCAUCAACCCUCCCGAGCUGAAGCUCGACUUCACCAACGCGGCCAACAUCGCCGACUGGGCCCUCGUGGACAAGGCCGUUCGCAAGGUCAUCAUCAGCAUCAUCUCGUCCAUGGCCGUCCUGCCCAACCGCUACCUCGUCAAGCUCGACAGCAACAACGACUACUUCAGGACCUACCUGCCGCACCUGGGCGCCCUGCGGCUCACCGUCGAGAGGGCCGUCGGCAUCAGCGGGCCCAAGAAGAGCGGCGCCAAGCGGCUGCUGGCCAAGAUCGUCAAGGACGUGCCCGACUGCUACUGCAAGGUGGUCGUCGGCGCCGAGGACGAGUGGCGCACGUCGACCAAGAAGAACGACACGGACCCCGAGUGGAACGAGACGCACGACUUCCUCGUCGCGGACCACGACCAGCGCAUCACCAUCGACGUCCAGGACGACGACCUCGGCGGCGACGACGACAUCGGCGUCGCGUCCACCACCGUCCGCGAGAUCCUGCUCGGCGGCGGCUCGCAGCAGCUCGACCUCACGCACAAGGGCGAGCCCACCGACGCCAAGGUCGUCGUCCACGCGCGCUUCUUCAACUUCGUCGAGGACGCCGGCGCCAUCACGGCAACGCGCAGCGAGAACCAGGACCAGAUCGUCGGCCUCGCCACGGUGCUCGUCGCCAGCGCCCUCGGCCUCCAGGGCCAGCGCGACGAGCUGAACCCCAGCAUCAAGGUCAGCUGGGGCGCCAAGGAGUUCCGCACGGCGGCCAAGUCGUACAGCCCGGGCACCGACAUCUUCAACCCGUCCUUCGACCAGGCCUUCCGCAUCCCCGUGACGGCCGACCUGCUCGCCAACCCGGCCGGCUUCAGGAUCGCGCUGCUGAACAAGGCCGACGAGACGGGUGCCGUCGAGAUCCCCUUCGAGGACGUCCUGGCGGCGCCGGGCCUCGUCAAGGAGGAGAGCUUCGACGUGGGCUCCGGGGCGACGGUCAGGGCGAGCAUCUCCCUCCGCGGGCUGCAGCCGGCUCACUGA